AUGAAAACUUUUGCAACUGCAUCCGGAGGUGCAACCCAUAUUGUUGAAAGUAGUAAUAUAGCGUUUAGAAGACAUCAAGAAAUAACAACUCUCCAACCAAAAGUUCCAAUAGUAGUAGUAUUUAACCAAGUAGUCAACAACAAAUACUGGAUUUGA